AUGAACCUGCUCCAAGCAGUCUUGACCGAGUCGGAGGUUUAUGAUGCCCAAUUAAACACGACCUCAUCCGUCAACCUGCGCCGGGCAUGGAGGAUCCAUGUGGCCGAACGCUUAUCGGCGAGUCUCAACCUCCGACGCGGAGUUAGCGGAAGCUUCCUCUUCUCCCGUCUGGCCCUGUUUUCCUUGACGCAACUGGCUAGGCUUGGUGGCUUGCUUUCCGGCUCUGGGCCAUGUCGAGCAUCAAUUGUUCGGCACGUCUACUCCAAUCCAUCCGCGCGCAUGAUGGGCUCGACUACCACAGGCGUCCUUUACACUCUGAGCGUGGCCAGCUCGCCCGUGAGACCAGCUCCAAAUGAUGCGUCGGCGAAAAGUCACCAUGCCUCGUCUGGCUUCAGAAAUCCUUGGGACUCGUGGACGGAUAUCACGAUGAAAGUCCCCGCCGAAAUUCUCAUGCGGCGCAUCACAGGCAAAGCAAACGUCCCAAAUACAGCUGGUCCGACUGUCACUGUUUGCAAACCCGCCUUCCUUCCAAGUCGGGACACUCCCCGACUCCGCGCAACCUGGCUCGGACAUGCAUGCUAUUACGUCGAGUUUCCUGGCGGGCUGCGCGUGCUGUUUGACCCCGUCUUAGAAGAACAUUGUGGUCCAUACAACCUGCUCGGCCCAAAGCGAUUUACCGACGCACCUUGCAAGAUUGGUGAUAUCCCCAUCAUUGAUGCUGUCUUUAUAUCCCACAAUCAUUACGACCAUCUGUCCUACACUGGUGUCAUGGAAAUCGCUAAGCGACACCCGAAUUGCCACUUCUUUGUUCCUUUGGGAGUGAAGACGUGGUUCCAGAGCUGUGGUAUCACCCAGGUCACUGAGCUUGACUGGUGGGAUGAGCGGGAAAUCACCCUCUCUCCAACUGGAAAUGAGGAGGCCAGGGUCGGAGUCACAGAAAAUGCGGCUUCGGUUGCGGCGGGUAUCAAAGCACGCAUUGGCUUCUUGCCAUGCCAGCAUGCUACCGCCAGAACUCCCUUUGAUAGGCAACGAACACUCUGGGGAUCUUGGGCCAUUGAGUCGGGUGGCAAGCAUGUCUACUUUACAGGGGACACAGGGUACCGAUCUGUUCCAAAAUUGCCAGAAGGGGAAGAUGACCAUGAUCCGAAGUACGAUGAGCUUCCCACUUGCCCUGCUUUCAAGCAGGUUGGUGAGUUCCGCGGUCCGUUCGAUUUGGGCCUGAUCCCAAUUGGGGCAUAUGCGCCGCGCCAUAUGUUCAGCUCUGUACAUGUCGAUCCACAUGAAGCAGUACAGAUCUUCCGAGAGACAAGGUGUAAAAGGGCGCUAGGAAUGCAUUGGGGUACCUGGGUCCUCACGGAAGAGGAUGUCCUAGAACCACCAGAGAAGCUCAAGGCCGCUCUCCGCUCCAGUGGUGGUAAUGAGUAUGGUGCCCCUCACUCCCGUGAAUUGGUCGACGGUGUUUUGCUAAUCCGCCGACUAGACACCAAUGCCGGUGACCGCCAGGUCGGUCGCCGCGCGCAGCUAUCUAACAUCACUGCUGCCAAAACAGUUGCGGAUAUCAUUCGAUCAUGUCUGGGACCCAAAGCCAUGCUGAAGAUGCUGUUGGACCCAAUGGGCGGUAUUGUGCUUACAAACGACGGUCACGCAAUUCUCCGUGAGAUCGAAGUUUCACACCCUGCUGCGAAGAGCAUGAUCGAGCUCAGUCGGACCCAAGACGAGGAGGUUGGAGAUGGAACCACAACGGUCAUUAUCCUGGCCGGUGAAAUGCUUGCGCAGGCUCUCCCUCAAUUAGAACGCAACAUCCACCCAGUCGUCAUCAUCUCCGCCUUCAAGCGUGCUCUGGCCGACGCCCUUCAGAUCAUCGAAGAGGUUUCUGUGCCCGUCGAUAUUCAUGACGACAAGGCGAUGUACACUCUUAUCCAGUCUUCUAUUGGCACAAAGUUCGUGUCCCGAUGGUCGGACUUGAUGUGUGGCUUGGCUCUCCGUGCGGUGCGGACAGUCUCCUUUGACAUUGGCGGUGGUAAGCAGGAGGUGGACAUCAAGCGGUAUGCCCGCAUUGAAAAGGUCCCCGGUGGUCAAAUUGAGGACUCCGAGGUCAUCGACGGUGUCAUGGUGAACAAGGAUAUUACCCACCCCAAGAUGAGGAGGAGAAUUGAGAACCCGCGCAUCUUGCUGCUCGACUGCCCCUUGGAGUACAAGAAGGGCGAGUCCCAAACCAACAUCGAGGUCUCCAAAGAAGACGAUUGGAACCGUAUCCUUCAAAUUGAGGAGGAGCAAGUCAAGCAGAUGUGUGAGGCCAUCGUGGCCUUCAAGCCUGAUGUGGUGAUUACCGAGAAGGGUGUCUCUGACCUAGCACAGCAUUACUUUGUCAAGGCCAACAUUACCGCCAUCCGCCGCGUGCGAAAGACUGACAACAACCGUAUCGCCCGUGCUACCGGCGCCACCAUCGUUAACCGGGUUGACGACAUCCAGGAGUCGGAUAUCGGUACUCAGUGCGGACUCUUUGAGAUUGAGAAGAUCGGUGACGAGUAUUUCACAUUCAUGCGCAAGUGCAAGUCUCCAAAGGCCUGCACCAUCCUGCUCCGUGGCCCGUCCAAGGACAUUAUCAACGAGAUUGAGCGUAACCUUCAGGACGCCAUGGCGGUCGCUCGGAACGUCAUUUUCCACCCCCGCUUGUCCCCCGGCGGUGGUGCUAUCGAGAUGGCUGUCUCUGUGAAGCUUGGGCAACUGGCACGCUCCAUUGAGGGUGUUCAGCAAUGGCCGUACAAGGCUAUUGCGGAUGCCAUGGAAGUUAUCCCGCGGACGUUGGCCCAGAAUGCCGGUGCAAGCCCCAUUCGUGUGCUUACUCGUCUCCGUGCUAAGCACGUUGAGGGCCACAACACCUGGGGUCUCGAUGGUGAGUCCGGCAACCUGGUGGAUAUGAAGGAAUACGGCGUUUGGGAACCGGAAGCUGUCAAGCUUCAGAGCAUCAAGACCGCCAUUGAGUCUGCCUGCCUACUUCUCCGUGUCGAUGACAUCUGCAGUGGUAAGUCGGCGCAACAGGCUGGCGGUGUCGGUGGCGGCGAGGAGUAA